CAACAUUCCAACGCCGGACAACGCCGAUGCAAUACAGUUACAAAAGAUUUGAACGAGAUGGCAAUGUCUGAAGAAGAAAUACCUGACACAGCCCAGCACUACUUGGUGUGUGGUACUGAAGACUGUAAGAAGAACUGUCAGUUUUACUGCAAUCCUUGUCACCGAGAACUUUGUGAACAAUGCAGAGACAAACAUCAAAAGAAUCCAGAUACCGAGAAUCAUGAAGUGGUCCAUUACAAACAACGCAGACCACAACUUCCAGAAGUGAAAUGCAAGCUACAUCCUACACGAAAUGUAGAAAUUCUUUGUAAAGAAUGCAAUAUUCCUCUAUGUCCUAAGUGUAUUUUCUUAGAAGAACACUCUGGUCAUAAAUUCGACGACUUGGAAGAGGGUUAUGCGCAGAAGGUUAAACUGUGCCGAAAUGAAAUCACCAAAAUCAAAGAGUAUUUUCUCUUGACAUCAACUGAAUUAAAAACGGAAAUAAAGGGAGAUAAAACAAGAAUAGAGGAAACAAUGAACGACAUCAGGAAGUCCAUAAAUGCUGAAGCUGAGUCUUUAAAAGACUUGGUAGAUAAAGUGACCUCAGAUAAGUUAACACAAGCAAAUACAAUAGAGGAUUCACUGAAAAAGUCAUUAGAAUCCCAGGAAACAAUCUUUGAUGAUUACAUUGCGUACAUUGAUCAACUUAUUAAAGAUUUUCACAGCUACUUGUCCUCAAGCAAUUUCGAAGUUUUGUUUUCUGAAGAUUUUGAGAAUUUGAAAAUCCAGUCAAUACCAGAGACAACACAGCCAGUGCUACCAGUGUACACUGAUGGUCAGUUCUGCAAAGAUGAUGUCACUAAGUUACUUGGCAGCAUCAAUUGUCCGAACACUAUACCUGAUAAAAGAAAAAUAAAAUCGAUAGAGACUGUCUCUACACAAUUGAAACCUACAGGCAAUGAGAUGAUACGCGACAGAGAGAAAUCUAACGUGAAAAAAACACUGUCUCUGUCUUCCUCUGUCAGCAAGGUUAGGGAGUACACGGUACCAGGUGUUAACAGGGUAAAUCAUAUAUCACUGGGUAAAUCAGGCAGACUCUGGGCCAGUGAAAAAAAAGGUAACCUUGUCCAAUCAGAUCUACAGGGGAAUCAGCUAAAGGAGAUACAAACCAAUGGUGGAUAUGGCUACCACACAGUCACACAGGAUGGGGAUCUCAUCUAUACAGACACACACAACAAAGUCAUCAAUAAAAUAAAACAGGAUAAUACAGCCACUGAAUUCAUUAAAACAGAAGAAUGGGAACCAAUCAGCAUACACUCCUCCCACAUCAAUGGGGACAUACUGGUAGGGAUGAGAAAGGAUAAAGAGGCAAAAAUCACCAGGUACAACAGGACAGGGGAAGAAAUACAGAACAUACAGAGGGACAACAAAGGACAGGACAUGUAUGGUGAUCCACACUACAUCACAGAAAACAUCAAUGGUGAUGUCUGUACAUCAGACUUGAACAAACAUGCUGUAGUGGUGGUGAAUAAAUCAGGGCAACACAGGUUCUCCUACACAGGUCAGAGGUCACGGUUUUUUCCCUAUGGUAUCUGUACUGAUCUCCUAGGUCACAUCCUGAUAUGUGAUUCAUAUACUAAAACUAAUACAGUUCAUCUUCUUGAUCAAGAUGGUCAGUUCUUAUCCUUUUUACUCCCAGAGCGAGUGAAAUCCAUUAGUGUCUGUGUGGAUAAUGAAAACAAUCUCUAUGUGGGACAUUAUGAUACCAAAAAAGUGAAAGUGUACAAUUAUCUACAGUAAUUUCAUGUGUCUGCAGUCAAACGUGAAGAACAAAAACUUAACACAAAUGUAUACAUUUUCUUACUAUUUUAUACAUAUUCAUUGUACAUACCUGUGUACCGGGUAAUAAUAUUUUGCAAUAGUAUUUUUCACAUUUAUGAAAAUGCAUGUAGUGCCUUUGAAUACUGUCUUAAUAAAAAAAAUCCGCUAUAAUGCAUUUAACAUUGUAUUAUACGGUUCAUAUGCUAGUAAACAUGUACCUUUAUACAUAAAAUU